UUCCAUAGACUAGCAUCAGUUCGACUUGAUAACUCGAAGCAAAAUGAAAUUCACCAUCGUUUUCCUGAUGCUGGCUUGUGUGUUCGCCAUGGCUCUGGCCACGCCCGGCAAGCCAAAACCCUACAGCCCACGCCCCACCUCCCAUCCACGCCCCAUUCGUGUGAGGCGCGAAGCUCUGGCCAUCGAAGAUCACCUGGGACUGGUUCAACCUGCUGCUGUGGUCCGCCCGCCUCCAAUCUUGCCAGUCUAAAGGCCUUAAACACCUGGAACAAAUAUAUAUAAAAUGUUUUUAAACAUCAUUGUUUAUUAAAAUUGCUUAUCACUUUUGUAACAAUAAAUGAAGCUUC